AUGGCUGAUAUAAACAAAGUUGUAGUUAAAAAGCAGUGGUUUAUCAAGUCUUAAACUGGUAAAGUCGAUGAUUUCUAUCAAGCUGCCUCUAAGAAAACCUUAGGUUAAGGAACUUAUGGCAGUGUCAUUAAGGUUAAGCUAAAAAAUAGCAACCAACAAAGAGCAAUCAAAAUUAUCCCUAAGAGCAGAGUUAAAAAUCCUCAACGUUUCUUGAAUGAAAUCAACAUCAUGAGAAAUUUGGAUCACCCCAACAUCAUCAAGCUCUACGAAACUUUUGAAGAUGCCCGUAAUGUAUAUCUCGUUAUGGAAUUGUGCGAUGGUGGUGAGUUAUUUGACCGUAUUAUAGCAAAAGGUCACUACACCGAAUAAGAAGCAAGAAUUACUUUUACUCAAAUUGUCUAAGCAGUCAAUCAUUGCCAUUCUAAUGGUAUCUGUCACAGAGAUCUCAAACCUGAAAACUUCCUAUUGCUUAACAAGAGCGACGAUAGCCCAAUUAAAGUCAUUGAUUUUGGUCUUUCUUACAUUUUCUAAGAAAACGAACUUAAAAUUGGAGGCGGACCUAUUACUGGCGAAAAACUUUCUAUGUCUACUAGAGCUGGUACACCAUAUUAUAUCUCUCCAGAAGUUCUUGAAGGAAAAUAUGAUGAAGGAUGUGAUAUUUGGAGUUUAGGUGUAAUCUUAUUUAUCUUACUCUCUGGUGUUCCUCCUUUCUAUGGACCUAAUGAUAGUGCAAUUCUUGAAAUGGUCAAAUCAAGAAAAUUCUCUUUCGAUAUUCCUGAAUUCAACAAUGUAUCUGAAAGUGCCAAAGAUUUGAUUAGAAAAUGCUUGACUACUCCUGAUAAAAGAUUUACUGCCAGCUAGAUUCUUCAACAUCCUUGGAUGUAAGAAACUGGUGGCAAUAAAUCAAAUCUUAAACUUAACUUUAAUGCUCUAAAAAAUUUCACUUCACACGAAAAGAUUAAAAAAGUUGCUUUGACCUACAUUGCUUCAUAGUUAAGCGAGUCUGAAAUUAUUGAACUUGGAAAGUUAUUUAAGUAAUUGGAUAAAAAUAACGAUGGUGUUUUAACAAUUGAGGAAAUUACAGCAGGAUUAAAUAAGUUAGAUAGCAAAUAAUCAAAAGAAAUAGAAAGCAUUAUAUCUAGUAUGGACACAGAUGGUAGUGGUACUAUUAACUACACUGAAUUCAUUGCCGCAUCUAUGGAUAAAUCUAUUUAUAUGAAAGAAGAAAAAUUAUUGCAUGCCUUCAGGAUGUUAGAUCUUGAUGGAAGUGGUAAAAUUAGUAAAGACGAACUUAAAAGUGUUUUAGGUACAGAUGAAUAAUACAAAGAUCUUAAUGAUGAGUAUUGGGAAAAUAUGAUUAAAGAAGCAGAUAAAAAUGGUGACGGAGAAAUUGACUACAGCGAAUUCGUUGAAAUGAUGAAUAAAACUAAAUGA